AUGCCAAAUACUGUGUUUCUUCUGGGAGUUGGUUCUCAAUCUUAUUAUGGGCAAGAAUUAGUGAUGUUAUUAACUACAUGGCAGAUAAUCUUUUCUACCACUCCACAUGAACAUUACUUCGACUGCCCAUAUCAAUUGAGCUUGGAGUUAAUUGGCCAAAAGCAUCCUGAUGCCGCGGUUAGCAGUGUUGAAUUAGUGGAAGGAGACACCAUUGUAAUGGGCUCCGAUGGGCUUUUUGACAAUGUUUUCGAUAGAGAAAUCAUUUCCACGUUGGCCAUACAUAGCGAUGUAGUGGGCGCCGGUAUGUGUUCCUUUUUAGUUACUGCUGUCUGCUUAAGUAGGAUGGGUUUUGAUGUUCCUUUUGGGAAUAAAAUACUGGGGAUGAAGCUAACAGGUGGGUUAAUCCUUACGAUUAUGAUUUUGGGAGCAAGUGGAAAGCCAGAUGAUAUCACUGUGAUUGUUGGUAAGGUUGUAACUUUAACUGCCGCUGCUAGCUAG